CUGGGUGAGCGCCGGGCUGUGCCGAGCACACGCCGGCUGGAGGGGACGGCGAGCGGGCGGGAGGCGGCAGGCAGCGCCGCGCCGCGCCGAGCGAAGGAGGGACGCGCCGGGCACGGCCGCCACCAGCCCUCCCCAAUCCUCCGUCAUCCUUCCCGCCGCGGCCGCCUGGCGCCCUGACAGCCGGCGGAGCAGCAGCCCCACACGGCCCCCUUCCCGGCAGGCACGACUGAACCAUGGAGCUUCGAGUGGGGAACAAAUACCGUCUGGGCAGAAAGAUUGGCAGUGGUUCGUUUGGAGACAUAUACCUAGGAGCCAAUAUUGCGACUGGUGAAGAGGUGGCCAUCAAAUUGGAAUGUGUCAAAACCAAGCAUCCCCAGCUCCACAUUGAAAGCAAGUUCUACAAGAUGAUGCAGGGAGGAGUGGGUAUCCCCUCCAUUAAAUGGUGUGGAGCAGAGGGGGACUACAACGUGAUGGUGAUGGAGCUCUUAGGGCCUAGCCUGGAAGAUCUCUUCAACUUCUGUUCCCGCAAAUUUAGUCUCAAGACAGUUCUGCUCCUGGCAGACCAGAUGAUCAGCCGUAUUGAGUACAUUCAUUCCAAGAACUUCAUCCACCGGGAUGUGAAGCCAGACAACUUUCUUAUGGGGCUUGGCAAAAAAGGCAACCUAGUGUACAUCAUUGAUUUUGGCUUGGCCAAGAAAUACCGAGAUGCCCGGACCCACCAGCACAUCCCUUACCGGGAAAACAAGAAUCUGACUGGCACAGCCCGCUAUGCCUCUAUCAACACCCACCUGGGAAUCGAACAAAGUCGCCGUGAUGACCUGGAGAGUCUGGGCUAUGUGCUCAUGUAUUUCAACCUGGGCUCAUUGCCCUGGCAGGGCCUCAAGGCUGCCACCAAGCGCCAAAAGUACGAGAGGAUCAGCGAGAAAAAGAUGUCAACGCCCAUUGAGGUGCUCUGCAAAGGGUACCCUUCUGAGUUCUCGACAUACCUCAACUUCUGCCGCUCACUGAGGUUUGAUGACAAACCUGAUUACUCAUACCUGCGGCAGCUCUUCCGCAACCUCUUCCACCGCCAGGGCUUUUCCUAUGACUACGUUUUUGACUGGAACAUGCUUAAAUUUGGAGCAGCCCGCAACCCUGAGGACAUGGAUCGGGAGCGGCGAGAGCACGAGCGAGAAGAGCGGAUGGGACAGCUCCGGGGUUCGGCUACACGAGCGCUGCCCCCUGGCCCACCUGCUGGAGCCACUGCCAACCGUCUUCGCAAUGUUGCUGAGCCCAUGGCCUCCACCCCCACCUCCCGAAUCCAACAGUCCGGAAACACAUCUCCCAGAGCAAUCUCACGAGUGGACAGGGAGCGGAAGGUCAGCAUGAGGUUACACCGAGGAGCUCCUGCUAAUGUUUCCUCAUCUGACCUCACAGGACGGCAAGAAGUGUCACGGAUUUCAGCAUCACAGACAAGCGUGCCAUUUGAUCACCUUGGGAAGUGAGGAGCAAUUGCCACUGGACCAGUGUUUGCUUAGUGUCUUCACUGUAUUUUUCUUUUAAAAAACAAAAAUCCAAAAACAAACAAAAAUUAAAAAAGACAAAAAACAAAAAAACAGAUUUUUUUUAUUAUUUUUUUUUUUUUGCCAAUGACGAGGAGUCAAGCUGCGCCUCCAUGCUGGUGCGAGCCGUUUCUGAGAUGGCCACCUGCGCCCCCAAACACGAUUGCCUCCAAGAAGCUGACGACGUGGGAGCCAUGCAGGAACACCUCUGCUGCCUCUGCGCAGCUGCCCCCCCAGCCCCAUCCUGGCCCUACCACUGCCCCCACUGGCUUCCCCCAGUUCCCUUUCCUGACCGUCUGCUCCUUGUUUAGUGUCUGUCUUUUUUUUUUUUUCUUUUUUAACCUUCCUCUGCUUUGCUUUUUAUUCUUUUAUUUUUUCAAAUCAAAUGGUUUCUAGCUAUCUAAAUUUUAACUUUGCUGUCCUUUUUCUCUGAGGGCAGGGGUGGAUGUUUCUUUUUUUGCAGGAGUCUUAUGGGCUGGGAGGGAAUUGGAUUCCAGCCAUGCUUGAUGGUAAAGUCUUUUGAGUUUUAUCAUUAUUAUAACAAAUUAUUUUCUCAAGCAUGAAAUGAAUCUUAAGCUGUGAGAGGGGGAUUGUAGCAAUGGCCUAAUCAUAUGACUCAGGCUUCCUUUCCUCGAGUGGCUCUUCUGUGUUGUUUUGGGCUGUAAGGGGAAGUGCCAGACUUAGGAUCUGAGCAGUCCUCAUGCACCAAAGGAUGUGUGAAGAGGCACCUGGUUACAAGGAGGAUGAGAAGACUGAAGCUGAAAGACAGGAGGAUGCGAACCCCCUUCCCCUCCCUGCAGCAGGGUCUUUUUUUGUCUAGCUGUGUGGGUUUUUUGUCUUGUUUUUGUUUUUUUUUUCUUUUUAUUACAACUUGUUUUAAUUCCUGCAGAGAAAGUGUGGGACUCAAGGAGAAGAGAGGGGCACACAAACUGGAGUUGAAUGGGUUUUUUUUCAGAGCAGUGGCUCUUCCUCUCUCCAUCUCAGCCCUGAGUAAGAUCCAGCAUACAUGCACAACCCCUUCCUGCCCUCUUCUCCCUGACCCCCAACUUUACUUCUUUUUAAAUAUAAUUUAGGAAUACUCAAGCUGCUUUGUAGCACUUGGGGCUUUGAAACACAAUGAUCACCACUGCGACCUAUGGCCUGUAGCAGACACACUGUCACUGUAGUGUGGAGCCAAUGGGUUGUUGGCAGGGCGGGGAGGGUGGGGGUUAAUCUUUUUGUUUGUUCGUUUUUAUCCUUUCUAUUUAACACUUUUUUUCCUCCUUAUUUUUUUCCUAAUUUAUUUACCCCUCUUACUGUCUCUCUCUUUUUUUUUAAUUAAAGAGCAAAACUUUUUAUUACUUUGUAAUUUAAAAAAACAAAAAAAAAACCUGAAGAACUUUGGGGGGGAUUUUGUACUUUUUUCCUGUGUAAAUAUUGGACUUUUUUGAGCUUUAUCGUGGUUGUUAAUUUGAAGUAAUA